CUCAUUCGCCAGUACGAAUUCAAUCACCGUUCUCGAAACAACUUUGCUAGAGUUUUUUUUUAAACGAGUUUCGUCUUCGAAAGGGUUCUUUUUUAAAUUGUAUUUUUAACAUUUAUUUUUAUUUUUUUCCUCGAUAAGUGAACAACCACAACAUGAAGCUCUUUUUUAACAUUUAUAUCAUCGUUACGUGUUUCCUUGCAUUUUCCUAUGCAUUUCCCGCGUUCGACACGUCUGAAGAAAGCGACGAGAAAAAAAAUGUCGAUACGGUGCUCAUUCUUCCCGGAUCCGAGAUGGACAUGUUCGGCAGGCCACAUAUUCCUGGAUUAUCCGAUUCUUCCGAUUCCGACGAAUCGUGGUCUUUAUUUAGGCCAAGCACCGUUAAUUUCGAUUAUCUAAGACAAUCAUUACAAGAUUUGAUGAAUCGACUUAGAAAUCAAAUGGCCAAUAUUGCGUCAACUUUCCCGUUAAAUACUGGAUUUGUAACACGUUGGAAUAAAAUUCCUGAAGGAGCAAAUACUACUUCUACUACCAAAAUCAUCAAUGGGCACGUCGUGACGAUCAACGAAACGAUUUACAGCGAUGGUAACGACACCGAAGGAACGGUCAUUCGUGUACGUGUCAUCGACGUUAAACCUCAAAAUGGAACGAUGAUUUCUCCAGAAAACGAAAAUGGAACGAUAAUUCCAACGUCUACGAUUAUUCCUACGGAAAAUGGUAACAAGACGGAAAAUGGUACAAUGCCACAACGAAGCGUUGAAACCGUAGAGGAGUUCGAUAACGAGAUACCUAAUCAAGGAGACGUCCUGAAUGCUUAAACAAAAAGAAAGAAUAGUCAUUUUUGCAAAAUCGAAAACCUCUCCAAUUUUUUCGUCUCUGUACAUAUAUACAUAUACAUAUAUACAUACAUAAAUGUAUACAUGUAUAUAUAUAUAUAUAUAUAUAUAAAAUAGAUAAACCAUCAGUAAUAACGCAACAAAUUGUGUAUCCAUUUUAGCGGGGAUAAUAGUGUAGCGAAAACAUUAUCUAUAAUAUACGUGAAAAAAAUAUAUAUAUAUAUAUAUACAUAUAUACAUAUGUGUGUGUAUAUAUAUAUGUAUAUAUAUAUGAAAUAAUCUAGUAUAGCGUAUAUCGUAUGUAGAUGGUGGUAUAAGCUUAGUAUAUACAUAUGCAUGCGAAAUGUAAAUGAAUAUUUUAAAUAUGUGAAUGCUAUUCCGAAUACAACAUUCUUGUAAUUUAUAUAUACACACGCUCACAUUUAUAAUCGCACAUACAUACGUAAAUGUGUAUAUAUGUACGUAUAUAUACAUAUAUACGUACACAUGUACGUACGUAUGUACGAUAAACCCAAUUGAAAUUAUUCAAUCGAGUUACUUAAAUAAAUAAAAAAGAAACAAUCUCCCUAGUCCAUUCAAUGAAUCAACAAAUUUAAUGCUGAAUACUUUGGUGGCGUAAACAAUUGAUUAACUGGCUUAAUUGCAAUCGCAAUUGUUUUCGAAUUAUUUCAUAUAUAACUAUCUUUUAUAUUUAAAUUCAUAUCAAUUGAUAAAAUUGUCAAGGAAAAAAAUGAUAAAGAAAAUGUUUCUACGACGUAACUAUUUACGAUAUAACGUUAUAUACGAUAACGACAUAAUAAUAUUGUAAGUUUUUAAAUAAUAUUCACGAGUAGCGUUUAAUAAAAUAUUUAUACUAAUGUUCAGACCGAUAUCUUUAAACAUCUAGAAUUCUGUUUUAUCUUCCGAUAAGUAUUAAAUAGAUAGCAAUAAGAAGGUGACUCCCUCUGGGGGCGAAAAAAAGAAGGAACUAAAGGCAGACGUCUGAAAAAAAAGUAGGGCAUAAUGUUUCAAAUAAAUGUGUGUGAAUUCAUACCAACCGAGUAUAAAUUGUGUGAUUUUCCGAACGUCUGGAUUAGGACAGACGCGUAAAAGCUGUCAAUGAUACCGCGUUUAAACAUAUGCGAUCGUAAUGAAACUGAAACGAUUACAAAGCGUUAAAUAAAUGUAUUAUUCAUAAUAAAUGGUUCAUCCAAAUUUCGAUAUGAAA